GGACUGUAGUAGUCCUUCUCUUCUGAGAACUAGGUAUGUCCACUACAUGAUGUUAUGAUGUGGAAUACCAAUAACCGAAAAUCACAAAACCAUGACAAGUGUUCAUCUGUUUUUAUGCUUAUGCUUUUGAGAUUGUCAAAAACUUGGAGAAACUCUGGAAGAACAGCAGAAACACGUUUUAGUAGCUUUUAGAAAUGCUGGCCUGAAGACUUGCUCGAGAAGUACAUGAAACACAGGUGUCCGUCUGACAGGAAGAAUGCACUUAGUUUAAUUGCAAGGUAUUUAUUAGAAGUAUAUUUUGGAGUAGUUAUGGCCUUGGAGAAACCACUGGCUCUUACAAAUGACUGUUCACUUUCAAUGCAUAGUGAAAUCUGUUUGGCUGGCAUGCUCAGAAGUGGUUACAGGUUUUCUCUUGUAGAAUUCUCCAACUCCGCAUUUGUGUUGGGGCCACAGGAGCUGUACAAAACCUGAAAGCAACAAUGGCUGUGAAGUGACUUGUAUUGUUGCUAGAUGGUGGCCAGAUUUCUACCUCGUGUAGCUUAACACAUGGCCAUGUUUCAAAAGCACUCCUAAAUUUGCAAGAACAUGGUUGUAUUUGGCAACUGUAGUGAUGUAAACUAAUCACUGUAGUGAUGUGAGCUAAAAGUGCUUGCUUCAAAAUGAUGGAAUUCUUUCUCUCUCUUUCUUUUUUUUUUAAAUCUGAUCUGAUGUUUUAAAAUGAUCGCAAUUCUAAAAUUUCUGGCAGUACAACCUCUUAUUUUGCUGCACUAAUAAUUCUGUAAUCUAGCACCUCUUGCAGGAAAAUAUUGUAUUGACUUGUAAAUGUAUAGAAAUGAAGAACAUCUGAACAAAAAGGGCCAAGAUUAUUUGGGAUUUGAUGACCAGCUCCAUUAAGGUCACUGAAAAGCUCAAGCCCAUGUGGUUUAAUUAUCUAAGUGAGAAAUAGGACCUUUUCUCACAUCUCCAUUCUAAUCCCAUCUGCCUGCUUGCAUGGCCAUGUGCUGCCAGUAGAUGGGCCUUCGUCAGGGUGAGGCAGAGGAGGGAGCACAGUGCCUGCAGUUCAGCUGGUCUUCUGGCCAAAACCCAAGGCAAGAGAGCAUUACUCCAGCUCCCAUCUGGAAAAUGUAUCCCGAGUGAGCUGCUGCAAUCCUGUGGUUGUCCUCUUAGCUCAUGUAUGCUCUGGCUUCACCUUCACUCUGUAAAAGUCUGGUUAGUGUUAGUAUGGUAAGCGCGUAGUGUAGGCAGGCUGGGAGAUGCACUUUAUUGAAGGGAAACAUCCAAUGCCAAUAUGUAUUUACGUGCAUGCUAGCUUUGUCCUGAUAAAGAAAUCACAUUAAGCCAAAAAACAAAAAGUUGAGAUAUUUCUGUAAAGCACAGCUGUCUGAAAGGGGGUUUUUAAACUCCAUUCUUCCUACUUCAUUUGUCUCUCUGGCAGCUCUCCCAGCCCCGUCUCAAGGCAGCAAUGCUUAGCUUAUGACUCUGAUGGGCUCUUCCAGUAAAACUCCUGUGCUUGAGCUGAACGUAUUUCCAGAAAUUAUUAUUUUUUUAACAGCAAGUGUUAAUACAAGAAGGUGGCCUUUUAGAUACUUUCUGAGUUUAGCGUCAGGACUGGUCUCUUACUGCCCAGUUGGCUUCAGCACUGAAGUGCAGAUGUCUGCUGGCAAGACAGGUUAAGGAAGGGUGUGACAGUGCUCUGAGCAAGACUGAGGCUGCCUGCAGGUAAGCCCCUGCCUCUCAGUGCUGGUGUGAGGGCAUGAGCUGGUGCUGCAGCACUUCUGCUGGGCACUGGGCUUAGCCUGAAGCUCCCAAGGUCUGCUGCCGUGGGGGCUGUGGCUCUGAGGUGAGGUGGGCGUUUUGGGAUGGCUGCAGGCGGGUGAGUGCAGAGAGAGCUUGAGUAGGUCAGGGUUUGUGCUCCAAUUCCCCUUGGGGAGAGAGGCUAAUGCUGUCAGUGUACAGUUAUUAUCUUUUAUUGUAAUUAUGUCUACGCCCUUCUUAAUGAGACAAGGGCUGUGCUAUGCCCAUAGAGACUAGGAUGUGAAUUUUAUCUUGGAGAAACUGUAUCUAGAUAAAAGUCAAUAUGCAACAGUGAAAGAACAAGCCAAAAGGAGGAUUUUGGGUAAACAACAAAGGAUAUGUUUAGUUAGGGUAGCUAAUGUAUGGUAAUUGUAUAAUAAGUUGCCACUAGAAACAAUCAUAACUUUAAAGUGGAAGUCACUCUGCAUUGUACAGCCGCUGCAGACUGCUUUUAAUGGUAUGUACACAAAGAUAACUUUUGCUGCUCAGAGGCUUUUUAAUGGUCCUGUGUAGAAUUUUCAGGUCAUUUCAUUGUUCUCUUUCACUGCAGUGAGGGUAUGAAAAAGAAGACAAUCUUACCAUGCUCAUGGAAACAAAACUACAGUCAGAAAAAUAGCAAUACUACUGAAAAUGCAGUUUGUUCUCUUGCAGUAGCAAUGCGAAUGCAGAACAUGGUAAAGAAUACAGAGCGAUGGAUCCAGUCCCAGCAGCUCAGGAAGUGGGAUAUCCGCUGCUUGAAGCUUCAGCCCCUCUCACCAGUGCCUAGCGAUAUUGAGAUUUCCCGAGCACAGAGUCCAAAAGCCGUUGAUGUACUUGCCAAGGAGAUAGGAUUGCUUACAGAUGAAAUUGAAAUCUAUGGCCAAACCAAAGCCAAAGUACGUUUGUCCCUGCUGGAAAGGUUAAAGGAUCAACCAGAUGGAAAAUAUGUUCUAGUUGCUGGAAUAACCCCUACACCCCUAGGAGAAGGGAAAAGCACAGUCACAAUUGGACUUGUUCAGGCUCUUACUGCACACCUUAAGAUUAAUUCCUUUGCUUGUCUGAGACAACCUUCCCAAGGACCUACUUUUGGAGUUAAAGGUGGAGCAGCUGGUGGUGGAUAUGCUCAAGUGAUUCCCAUGGAGGAGUUCAAUCUUCAUUUGACUGGAGAUAUUCAUGCUAUAACUGCUGCAAAUAAUUUGCUGGCUGCUGCUAUUGAUGCUAGGAUCUUGCACGAGAGCACUCAGUCUGAUAAGGCUUUAUAUAAUAGGCUGGUUCCAGUAGUUAAUGGCGUGAGAGGAUUUUCUUCUAUUCAGCUUGCCCGUCUGAGAAGACUGGGGAUAAAUAAGACUGAUCCUGAAACUUUAAUAGAAGAGGAGAUCAGUAGAUUUGUGCGCCUUGAUAUUGACCCUUCUACCAUAACAUGGCAAAGAGUUGUGGAUACAAAUGACAGAUUCUUACGCAAGAUAACAGUUGGCCAGGCAAAUACAGAAAAAGGAUUUGUCCGCCAGGCUCAAUUUGAUAUUGCUGUUGCAAGUGAAAUUAUGGCCAUCCUUGCACUUACCACUAGUCUGGAAGAUAUGAAGGAGAGGCUGGGGAAAAUGGUGGUGGCUAAUGACAAGAAGGGAGAACCAGUAACAGCAGAGGAUUUGGGAGUAACAGGUGCUCUGGCAGUUUUGAUGAAAGAUGCGAUUAAGCCAACACUAAUGCAAACAUUAGAGGGAACGCCAGUAUUUGUUCAUGCUGGACCUUUUGCUAACAUUGCACAUGGAAAUUCUUCCAUUUUGGCAGAUAAAAUUGCCCUUAAACUAGUUGGGGAAAAGGGUUUUGUAGUAACUGAAGCUGGCUUUGGUGCUGACAUUGGGAUGGAGAAAUUCUUCAACAUCAAAUGCAGAGCCUCUGGCUUGGUUCCCAAUGUAGUUGUACUUGUUGCUACAGUGAGGGCUUUGAAGAUGCAUGGAGGUGGGCCAAAUGUAACUGCUGGUGCCCCUCUGAAGAAAGAAUACACAGAAGAGAACCUCCAGCUGGUAGCUGAUGGCUGCUGUAAUCUUCAGAAACAGAUCCAAAUUACUCAGCUCUUUGGGGUUCCUGUUGUGGUUGCUCUAAAUGUCUUCAAAACUGACUCUCCUGCUGAGGUUGAUCUUGUGUGUGAGAUUGCAAAGCAGUCUGGAGCAUUUGAUGCUGUACCCUGCAAUCACUGGUCAGAUGGUGGUAGAGGAGCAGUAAAAUUAGCUCAAGCUGUGGAAAUGGCAGCCAAUCAGAAAAGCAGUUUCAAAUAUCUCUACAACUUGGAGCUUCCGAUUAUUGAAAAAAUAAAGAUCAUUGCUCAGAAAGUAUAUGGAGCAAAGGAUAUAGAGUUAUCUCCGGCUGCACAGUCAAAAAUUGAUCGUUACACCCGGCAGGGAUUUGGAGAACUUCCUAUUUGCAUGGCAAAAACUCACCUAUCCCUGUCCCAUCAACCAGAGAGGAAGGGUGUUCCUACUGGUUUCAUUUUACCAAUUAGUGAUGUGAGAGCCAGUAUUGGAGCUGGAUUCAUCUACCCGCUGGUAGGAACGAUGAGCACUAUGCCAGGACUGCCCACAAGGCCAUGCUUCUAUGACAUUGACCUUGACCCCAUCACAGAGCAAGUGAAGGGAUUGUUUUGAUACUGAGGUCCAAAUUCAGAAGCAUGGAAAUUAAGAACUGCAGCUUCCCCGUUUCCUGCAAAUAAGAGACAAAAGUGAAUUUGAAAUAUUCCUGUUAUGUGUCCCUGGAAGAAUGUCAAGAUAGACCAAAGAGCAAAAGUUUACUCUUUCUUCAAACUAGUUUUUAUGAUGAAAUAUAGCUGUAAGGUUUUUGUUGUUUUGUUUGUUUGGUUUUUUAUUAAGAAAAAAGCUAAAGCUAAUGUUUCUCCCCGUAGUGCAAAAAGUCCUCUGCUGGGUCUUGUACUUGUUUGUGGAUAAAAUGACAUGGAAAAAGCAGAAUUUUUCUCUUUAGAGUUUUCAUCUUUUCUCAGAGGAGUUAACAAAAGUAUUUCCCUUAUCCUUGGCUAUCUAAAAACUUACGCAAACAUUAUUAUUCUCUGUGACUGAGCCUGUUCCUCUCAGAAAAAUAUACUUUGGCUCCUGGCAUUCAGGAGCAGAAGCUGCACACAGAUUAACUGCGCAUUUUUGAGUUAUCAUCAAGUGUUGCUCUGGAUGCAUUUGGGCAACAGCCAAGCUUCAAGCAAGGAAGAUUCUAAGUGGGGAAAGAACAGAGCAUGCAUUCUGUGAAGGGUUUUUAGUAUAUAAUUUGUUUCCUUCAUGGACGAAGAUCUUUUGAAACACUUCACCCAUCGCUGUCUCACAUCCAUAGGUCUCUUCAUAUCUCUGAGGCUGUCCAGCUGGUGAUGUGCUUGUUGUGGGGAAGCUGGCUGUGAAUGCUGGUUGUUCAGAGAGGCUCUGUCUGAAGCCCUGUUUUGCUCCUCUUUGUGGCUAAUGCAGCCUCCCACUGUGCUGGCUCCUGACCAGUCCUGUCGCUGGUGGCAUUCGACACCCAGGAACAAGAGAGGAAUGGCCAUCAAGCCAGGAUGCAACAGGAAAUAACUAUGUUGUGCAGUUUUUAACCACCUUGUAAAGCUGGAGUGCGUUUUAUAUUUAAAGCAGAUAUUCAAACAACUUAAAUCCUCAACGGUGUGCUUUAGUUUACCUCCAGUUUCUCAAAUCUGCAGCAAAAUGUGCCUUAAGCAUAUGAUACUGCGUUUAGCUUUUCAGGCUGCUUCUCCUCAGGAAACUCUCACUGACUCUCACUGUUGGUUCCCUCAAUAACAAAAAAAUGCAACAGGACAAAAGGUCUAAUCAAGACAAUGGGACAUGGUUUUUUUUUUAGGUAAAAAGCAGUGAAAUAAUGAUGAGAGAGUUUAUUUUCCUGGUGACGUUUUCCAUCCUGUUGCUUUGCUCUGCUUACGCACAUCUGUAUGGUAUGGGCUUAUACAAUGUAGUUUUGGUUCCUUUUUGCACAGCUACGCUUGGAGACAGAGUUGCAGCACAGUUCCUGGGGUAACUGAGGGUCCUGUUUUGGUUUUUAAAAUCACGAUUCAUUAUUUAUAAACCCAAAACCAUAAUUAUGGACAGAAGAACAAACUGGGGGUAAUUAAAGUAAUUGUCUGUGCCUUCCCUGGAGUAGCACGGAAAUGUCUGCUGACUGCGUUUCAGAACCUAUUCAUAGCACUGUCUCCCAGUGCCAGGGGAUCACUGUGAUGAUAAACUUCAUGAAAAAUAAAGCUGCCUGAUCCUUUAGCCUGAUUAGAUGAUAGAGCUCAUAAUGUCCUAGACUGUGGAUGCUUUAAUUACAUUGAGGCAGGACAAAUGUGCUAAGUAGAAAGCAAGAUUCACAUACGGAUUUCACAGCUCCUCUGGACAGAGAGUUCUGGUAUUUUCUAUUAAAUUGUGCCUCAGAAUACAACCCCACUAUUGAUAUAUAUGUUGUAAUGUAGUCCUAUGCACACUCAGUAGUAUAGCCUAGAAAAACCCCAAAGACUUUUGGAAGAAAAUGAGAGAGGUUUCCAGGCAUAGUUUUUCUGUAUUUCCUAUAGUUAUUUAAAGCCUUGUGAGGUUUUCCCUCUGUCUCACCCAGCAAAAUUCAGAAAACCAUAAGUGUGCCUUCCUUGGGUUCACUGUGGUCACCUCACUGGUGUGUGGGAGUGUCUCCAUGCAGUGUGGGACACAAAGCCUGGCACUGGCUGUCCACACAGACAGUGGGUGUCUGGGGGACAGGUUGUGUAAGCCAUUUAUUUCAAGCUGCUGCUCAAUACCCACACACUUUCUCUAUUGCAGUCUCCAUGCUGUCCCCUCAGGCCGUUCAUGCUGGGACUGCUUUUCUGACCCAUCCGUCUCUCCCUAAAACACCAUUCCAGCUCUAUUCGUUAACAAACAUCCUGCAAUUUUUCUACUGUCACGUGCGCAGGAUUUGUUAUGCUGUUUUGAUAGCUUCAAUAAUUGAAGGAAAGCUGGAAUGGCUCUUUUUUGUUUUGUCCUAGCCUUUUCCCCCCACCUAGUUCACUAUCUGCAAAAUCCCUUGAGCUGUUCCAUUUUUGGCUCUUCAUUUUAUAUUUUAGCAGAGGAUUUGUUAGGAGUAAUUCACAGUGGCCUGUAGGUUCUGUAUUGUAAUCCACAGAGACUGAGCUAUUGGCCAUCUGCAGUGCCUUCCCCUGGGCCACCCAACUACUGGGGCCAAAUGCCUUCAUCGAGGAGGGCUUAAAAUGAGAUCUUUGCAAGGUAAGUGGUACUGCUCAGUGCAUUGCUUGUUGCUGCACAGCUGAGUCUGCAGAUGUGAGGCUCCUGCCUUGCACUGGUUCUGGGCAAUUUUGCAGCUUUGUGAGGCUUCUUGUGCUGAGCCCUGCAUUUGCUAAAGCAUGUAAAAAAACAUCUGGUUGUUUACUAUCAGGUCUGAUUUUAGUAAUAACUGAAUAAUAUGCUGUUGCUACUUCAGAAAAUAAACUCGCUGAAACAGACCACUUACAGCAGAUUUGGUCGAUAUUUAAAAAUCCCAAACUCUGUGUUUUCAGUUGCUGUAAACAUCAAAAUAAAGCGUAUGUGUAUGCUGA